AUGAAAGGAGGGAGUUCCCUUGUGCGAUGGAUCGAGAGGGCGGGAAAGCCAGAGAUGUACGCCACGAAGGUGUUCAACACGCUUAAUCGCGAGCACGGCAAGCUGCUUUCCGCGGAACUGCGGGUGCUGCUUUCUGUGGACUGUCCUUGCAUCAUCAAGUUCUACGGGGCGUGGGAUGAUCAGAACUACGUCAACCUAGUGCUAGAGGCAAUGUGGCUGGGGUCUCUAUUUGACAUGAUCUACGUCACGCAGAGCUCGUGUUUCUCUUGCCCGCCGGGGGUUCUCCGCUGGAGGGCUGGGAGUGACAGGGCGGGCGGCCCACUGCAUAACCACCGAGAUGAACGGGCGAUUCUUGCCAUCGAUUUUCAAAUAUUUUGGGGCCUCGAGUGA